AAAAAACAAAAAAACGGAAACUCGCCAAACAUCCGAAGCAUUAUGCUUCAGUGGGAUGGAGGAAGGAGCUUGUUUAGUCGCCUAUAGCUAGUAGGUGACCGAUCUUUAAACAUACUUUUUUGCUUCUAGUUUGUUAUAAGUGUGAUUUUAAACGGGGAGUCGUUUAACAUGUCGAAUUAGAGGGAGCUUUAGCUACCGGGCCCGAGCUUGUGUGUGACACCCGGCGCGCGAGCAGCAUGUAUCGGGGAUAACAGAAGUGGACCUAGUAACUGGGGAAAAAAGGAGCUUCCGCGGCCGGAACCGGCAUUAAAUUAAAAUUCUGUGGAGAGGCACCGUCGGAAAGACUGCCACAAUGGUGCAAAAGUACCAGUCUCCCGUUCGGGUUUAUAAGCAACCAUUUGAACUUGUGAUGGCGGCCUAUGAGCGCCGAUUUCCCACCUGUCCACUCAUCCCCAUGUUCGUGGGCAGUGAUGUUAUCAGCGAGCACAAGAGCGAGGACAGCGCCACUCACAACAUCGAGCGCCGCUGCAAGCUGGAUGUGGACGCCCCCCGGCUGCUGAAGAGGAUCGCCGGGGUGGAUUACGUCUACUUCAUUCAGAGGAAUUCCUUAAACCGCCGAGAGAGGACGCUGCACAUUGAGUCGCACAAUGAGACCUUCUCCAAUCGGGUCGUCAUCCACGAGCUCUGCUGCUACUCGGUUCACCCAGAGAAUGAGGAGUGGACGUGUUUUGAGCAGUCUGCCAGCCUGGACAUCAAGUCCUUCUUUGGGUUCGAGAGCACUGUGGAGAAAAUCGCGAUGAAGCAGUAUGCCAGCAGCAUCAAUAAGGGAAAAGAGAUCAUUGAGUUCUACAUGAAGCAACUGGAGGAAGAGGGAGUGACCCACAUUCCACGCUGGGCCCCCGCCCCCGCCUUCCCAGUGGCCUCCAGCACUCCAGCCCGCCUCGAGCUGCCGGUCACGCCAUCCAUUGCCAUCCCGGUCUCCAGCACUAGGGACGCUAACCCCAGCGGCGAGGGCACUGGUAGCAGCCCACCAGGCAGCCCUGCCGAGCCCCCGGCCGGGACCCCCGAAGAUAAGCUGGAUGCCGACUACAUCAAGCGCUACCUGGGAGACCUGACACCCCUGCAGGAGAGCUGCCUGAUUCGCCUCCGCCAGUGGCUGCAGGAGACCCACAAGGGCAAGAUUCCCAAGGACCAGCACAUCCUGCGCUUCCUGCGGGCCCGCGACUUCAACAUGGACAAAGCCCGCGAGAUCCUGUGUCAGUCCCUCACCUGGAGGAAGCUGCACCAGGUGGACUACCUGCUAGAGACAUGGAACUCCCCGCAGGUGCUGCAGGACCACUACACUGGCGGCUGGCACCACCACGACAAGGAUGGCCGUCCCUUGUAUAUCCUUCGCCUCGGUCAGAUGGACACGAAGGGCUUGGUGCGUGCCCUUGGGGAGGAGUCUCUUCUGAGACACGUGCUUUCCAUCAACGAGGAGGGCCUGAGACGCUGCGAGGAGAACACCAAGGUCUUCGGCCGGCCAAUAAGUUGCUGGACAUGUCUGGUGGAUCUCGAGGGCCUGAAUAUGAGGCAUCUGUGGCGACCGGGCGUCAAGGCCCUGCUGCGCAUCAUCGAGGUGGUGGAGGCCAACUACCCUGAGACGCUGGGCCGCUUGCUCAUCCUGAGGGCGCCACGCGUCUUCCCCGUACUCUGGACCCUGGUCAGCCCCUUUAUUGACGAGAACACUAGAAAGAAAUUCCUCAUCUACGCCGGCAAUGAUUACCAAGGGCCAGGAGGCCUUGUAGACUACAUAGACAAGGAGGUGAUCCCAGACUUUCUGGGAGGAGAGUGCAUGUGCGAGAUCCCAGAGGGUGGCCUCGUCCCCAAGUCCAUGUACAGGACAGCAGAGGAACUGGAGAAUGAUGACAUCCGCCUGUGGACGGAGACCAUCUACCAAAGCGCCAGUGUCUUCAAGGGGUCCCCACAUGAGCUACUGAUCGAGAUCAUCGACGCAGCCUCUGUCAUCACAUGGGACUUUGAUGUCUGCAAAGGCGAUGUGGUCUUCAACAUCUUCCACUCCAAGAGGGCCCCACAGCCCCCUAAGAAGGACACCCUCGGCACCCAUGGUAUCACGUCCCCAGGGGGCAAUAAUGUUCAGCUCAUCGACAAGUCAUGGACCCUGGGACAGGACUACAGCAUGGUAGAGUCACCACUCACCUGCAAGGAGGGCGAGAGCGUGCAGGGCUCCCACAUCACGCGCUGGCCGGGCUUCUACAUCCUGCAGUGGAAGUUUCACAGUAUGCCGGCCUGCUCGGCCACCAACCUGCCGCGAGUGGACGACGUGCUGGCCACCCUGCAGGUCUCCAGCCACAAGUGCAAGGUCAUGUACUACACGGAGGUGCUGGGCUCCGAGGACUUCAGGGGCUCGAUGACUAGCCUGGAAUCCAGUCACAGCGGUUUCUCCCAGCUCAGUGCUGCCACCACUGCAUCCAGCCAGUCGCAGUCCAGCUCCAUGAUCUCGAGGUAGUGGCACAGACGAGCCGGGACCCGGGGGCCAGGGGCUGGGGGAGGCUCCUGGAUCAGACACCGGAAGCCCCGCAUGUCACCCCCUGCUCCGCAUGGCUGAUCCACCUAACUCUGUCCAGCCAAAGCAUGCUCGCACAACCGAGAAGUCAUACACCCUUGAGGCAAAAAAAGACUCAUUUAUGAUACAAAGGGCUCCAUUUUGCAAUAGGUGAUUUGUUUUCCCAGCAGCCAGUUGGGGAGCAGGUCUGCACAUCAGUUGUAUGCUCAAGAUUGUGAGUUUAACUGGGCAUUCGUCCUGUUGGACCGUGCAGUGUCACAUCUCUGGAGAGCUGGACGAGGAAGAUGGACAUGUGCUCAGCCAGAUCACAGAGCUCUGUGUGCGCACACACACACACACACACACACACACACAUACGCACGCACACACAUACGCACGCACACACACACACACACACAUAUAUACACAUAUACGUACAUAAACACACUCACACUUGAAUUAACCUCCCAGCAAAGCUGUAGAUCGUCAUUUCUUUUCAUGGAUGAAGGUCGAAUUCAGUGUAUGUGACGGUUGUCUUCCACAAGCAAUAUUGACAGUAGCGUGUGAGGUUGGUAUUAAUCUUGACAUCAUGUCCUCUGAGGUGUUUUCUGCCUGCUGGUAACAACACGCAAGAGUUGCUGUGUAGGCAUGAGCAAACUGUGGGCUGGCUUUGAUUAGGUAGCAGUCAGAAGCAUUAUGUGGAGAAGCAGUGAUUACAUGCUGCUAGUGUUUGUGUCUCUGCCCGGACGUGAGGUGGAAGGGUUUAGUUUGGAAAUUCUGCAGUCUUUUUGAGUGGCCUUCGAAUUCGUCCUCGUCUGAUCAAAGCCAGCCUGAUGUACUGGGAUGAUCACUGAAAUAAUAGGUCAGAAAUCAUUUUCAUAUAUUUGUGAGGAGUGAUGUGGUCCGACUCGUUUAAUCCUGCAGUCACUACAAUGUUAGAAGUAGUGAUGAAUAACUGGUAUUUAUGGUGGGUUUACAUUUCCUGAUUUAGGUGGUGCUGUGAGGCAGUACUGUCCUCUGGUUUUGGUGGAAUAUAGGGAACAGCGCAUUGAUAGUGUGGUAGCCCUUAGUGACCUUUUGGUGCUGACAGGAAAGAAGUACUUUUUUUUUUUUUAUAAUCAGCAUAAAAUGUUGGAAUAUAUUUGGUUACUGGAAAUUUGUGUGCAAUUUUGUAUAUGGAUUGAGGUGGACAAGUAACCGUGAACUGUUUGAAUAUUUUCUCAGAGAUGUGUCCCAGGUGAGGGAUCUGUUGAGCUGCUGCAGCUGAUUCAUAACGAUUGUGUCACGUGUUUUUUUUUUUUUCCGGUUGAGCUCCUAGGAUUAGCAGCAUGCAACACUCCCAUCGCACAGAGACAAAAAGGAGACUGAGGGGAACGGUUGACAUUGCAAAUGUAUUUUCCUUUGUGUUUAACAAACGGUUCUUGACACACCUAAACACUUGUGCACACAUGCACAUGCGUACAGCCACUGUGCAUUUCAGGAAAAGGUCAGUCCAGUUUCACGUACCUCCAGUGCAAACUACUAUUGGAAUGUUCAGUCUACACCUUUCAAAGGACAAAAUAUCAGCAGUGCUCAAGAACUGUGUUUUAAAUGGAUGAUAACUGCGUUCUGCGUGAUGUCAUUCAGCGUUCUAACAGCCAUCGGUGGUGGGGAAACUAGUGCUCUUCCCCUGGUCUUAUUGGCAGAUACAAGAUGGAACAGCAGCCAGCCAAACGGGCCUGGUUAAAACAUCACCUUCAGCCAUUCAAAACCAAUGUGCAUGUGUAACUCAGUGGACUUACCUCCCUUUGGAGUUUGCCAGACUGGCAAAAGCCAGAAGAUGUUUUUUUUAUGGUUUUGUGAGAUGUUUUUUUAAACAGUGAUUGACUAUGAAAUUGUAUGUAUAAAUCACUGCAAUAAGUGGUAUGUGGCCAAAACUAAGUUUGGAAAGAUGCAAAAGAUCUGCAGUGGUUUUUAUGGCAGAAGCUGUCAUUUUCUGAGCAGAUGCACCAGGGGUGAUAAAGAUCAUUCUCCUAUGUUUCUUUUGAAGAGUCUCUCUCCAUACAGCCCAUUUUUGACCCAUUUGGGCAAUUUCAUGAUCAUACCAUGAAAUCAUUUUCGGGCUGUGAAAGCACAUGGUGUGUACUGAGUUGUGGCUACCCCCCCUCCCCUUUAUUUUAAAGAUGUUGGAGAAUGACUCAUCCCACCCCUUUGCAUCCCAUCAACACAGCAUCUCUACUUUGUGAAGCAUUUUGUAAUUUUUCGUGUAAAACACGUGUAUGUCAAUUUCUUAAGUACACCAAAUGUUAAGUGAGCCAAUCUGUGCCAAUGGCAGGGAACUGGAUAAUGAAUCUACUGGUCUGAUCUAAUAUUUGUAUUGACAUUUAUGCCAAUGUACUUGUCUCACUUAAAGAUUAGGGCUAUUAUGUCUGUUCUGUCCUCUUGUAAUAUCUUUUCAUCUCGUCUUCAGUUUACACUCAUCUGGGCUUUGUUGAUAUUGCAUAUCUUUCAGAUUUUUUUGUGUAAAGUUUGAAUUAAUAUAAAGAUUAUUUUUUUUCCAAAAUAUUAAACUUAUUCUGAAUAAA